UUUCAAAUAAGCUGAAAGGAGCAGUGAGAAAGAGAAGAGGAAGAGAUAAAGAGGAGAGGGCCACAGAAAGAGGAAGAGAACAAAGCGAUGGCGUCAACCAUUCUUCCACCACUGAACGCUUACCUUCUCCCUUCCAACGCUCACCACCACCACCUUCAGCCCCUUCCUCUUUUCAGGUGGGGUUGGAGAAGAGAGCAAGAUGCAGGCAUAGCCGCGAAUAGAACCAGGGGUCAAGCAUUUCGAAUUCUGGCUAAUCCUAAUGUGUCUUCAGGAAAGGAAGGUUCAAAUAAAGAUGUGAUAAUGGUUGAUCCUGUCGAGGCCAAGCGAUUGGCUGCCAGGCAAAUGGAAAGAAUUAAAGCAAAAGAGAAACUUAAGAGGCGGCGCCAAAUUGAGGCAAUUAAUGGAGCGUGGGCAAUGAUUGGUCUCGCGGCAGGCCUAGUUAUUGAAGGUCAAACUGGAAAAAGUAUUCCAACUCAGCUUGCAGACUACUUAGCUGCGAUCAUUCAUUUUUUUGUUCGUUAGACUUAUGCCAAGUGGUGUCUGGAAGUCAUUUUCACAUUCUUUGAUAUUAUAUCAGCUCAACAAGUUUAAUUUUUUCUUGUCAUGGCAAGCCAUAAAUUUUCGCUGCUCAGCGUUAUUUGUUACCUGUUGAUGCAACAUAUGUAAGUAUGUAACCCAUUUUUAGGAAAGAAUUGGACUUCUAAAUGAAGUAUAUGACUUGUUUCCAGUUUUCGUUA